AUGGAGGCUUGUGAGCUUGGGAACAUUAACAUAGUGCAUAGUCUAGUAUCUGCUGGGGCUAAUGUUGACCUUCAAAAUAAUGAUGGAUGGACUGCUUUGAUGAAAGCAAGUCAAAAUAAUCAUAGCACAGUCAUUCAUGUGAUACUUGAUGAAGCAGAUUCUAAUCCCCAUCUACAAAAUCGAAAAGGCUCUAAUGCUUUAAUGGUUGCUGCAUUUGCUGGAUGUUUGGAAGCCGUAGAACUUUUUAUUACCAAAGGAGUCAAUUACACACACCAAAGGGAAGAUGGAGUGACAGCAUUCAUGUUAGCUUGUCAGAAAGGUCAUAUUGAAAUUGCUGAACUAUUGCUGACCCAUGAAGUUGAUCCUAAUGUUACAAACAAAGAAGGUACAAAUGCAUUUAUACUUGCUUGCAACAGUGGUCAUACCCCAAUUGUUAAAUUAUUGUUAAGCAGAAAAGUCGAUCCUAAUGUUUCAAACUUUAAUGGUUGGAAUGCCUUGAUGUGUGCUUCCGCUAAUGGUCAUGCACAAAUAGUUGAGUUACUACUAACAGAAACAGCUGUAGUAGUUGACAUUAAUGCAUUUAUGCUGGCUUGUGAAAAUGGGCAUUAUGAGGUUGUAGAGCUAUUGCUGAUAAAUAAAAGACAACACAUUGAACUUAAUGCUAAAAACAAAAAUGGCAUGACUGCAUUCAUGCUUGCCUGCAAAAAUGGUCAUAAGAAGGUAGUAGAAAUACUACUGCAAGAGAAAGUAGAUUUAAAACUUUUGAAUAACAAUGGCCUGAAUGGCUUUAUGCUAGCCUGUGGUGGUGGACACAUUGAAAUAGUUGAAAUGUUGCUGAAAGCAAAAAUCGAUCCUAAUUUUCAAAAUGAUCGAGGUAGCAAUGCCUUAAUUCUUGCCUGUGAAAGUGGUUGCAGUGACGUUGUUAAAAAAUUGCUGAAAGUUAUCAAAAGUCCAAAUGUUCAAAAUAACAAUGGUGUAAAUGGCUUCAUGUUGGCCUGUGCAAAUGGGCAUACUCAAGUAGUCACUUUGUUGCUAAAAGAACAAAUAAAUCAUAAUCAUCAAAACACCACUGGCCUUACAGCUUUAAUGCUUGCUUGUGUAAAUGGACAUGUACAAAUAGUUGAAUUGCUUAAAAAAAUAGUGGACAUAAAUGUUCAAAACAGCUAUGGCAUCAGCUCUUUAAUGCUUGCUUGUGCAUAUGGGCAUGCGAAAAUAGUGGAACUACUACUACAGGAACAAUUAAUUGAUAUUCAUGCCCAGAAUUGUGAAGGGUGGAAUGCCUUAAUGCUUGCAAGUUACAAAGAUAAAAUAGAUAUUGUUAAACUUUUGCUGGAAGCAGGACUUGAUCCAAAUAUUCAAAGUAAACGAGGAUAUACAGCUUUAAUGCUUGCUAGUUCUGCAGGACAUUAUGAUGUGGUUCAGUUACUACUUGAGGAAAAAGCUGACCCAACAAUUCAAGCUACUGAUGGUAAUACAGCAAUAAAAGUCGCCAAAGAUGCUGAAAUAACUCACUUGUGUCAAAAAUACUGUUUGGAUGAUGACACAGAUGAAUCUGUGAUGCAACCAAAUCAAGAUUUGGAAAUAGCCAGCUCUGUAAAGUCUUUUUUAAGUUUUGUUGCAAGAACAAAAUGUGGUAGUAUUGUUUCAUCUUUUUCUAGGAACUCAGCCAGUAGUGGCAGCUUUAGUAUCUAUGGUUGCAGUGAUGUUGUUAAAAAAUUGCUGAAAGUUAUUGACAAUCCAAAUGCUCAAAAUAACAAUGGUGUAAAUGGCUUCAUGUUGGCCUGUGCAAAUGGGCAUACUCAAGUAGUCACUUUGUUGUUAAAAGAACAAAUAAAUCAUAAUCAUCAAAACAGCACCGGCCUUACAGCUUUAAUGCUUGCUUGUGUAAAUGGACAUGUACAAAUAGUUGAAUUGCUUAAAAAAAUAGUGGACAUAAAUGUUCAAAACAGCUAUGGCAUCAGCUCUUUAAUGCUUGCUUGUGCAUAUGGGCAUACAAAAAUAGUGGAACUACUACUACAGGAACAAUUAAUUGAUAUUCAUGCCCAGAAUUGUGAAGGGUGGAAUGCCUUAAUGCUUGCAAGUUACAAAGAUAAAAUAGAUAUUGUUAAACUUUUGCUGGAAGCAGGACUUGAUCCAAAUAUUCAAAGUAAACGAGGAUAUACAGCUUUAAUGCUUGCUAGUUCUGCAGGACAUUAUGAUGUGGUUGAGUUACUACUCGAGGAAAAAGCUGACCCAACAAUUCAAGCUGCUGAUGGUAAUACAGCAAUAAAAGUUGCCAAAGAUGCUGAAAUAACUCACUUGUGUCAAAAAUACUGUUUGGACGAUGACACAGAUGAAUCUGUGAUGCAACCAAAUCAAGAUUUGGAAAUAGCCAGCUCUGUAAAGUCUUUUUUAAGUUUUGUUGCAAGAACAAAAUGUGGUAGUAUUGUUUCAUCUUUUUCUAGGAACUCAGCCAGUAGUGGCAGCUUUAGUAUCUAG